CAUCAAUUCAACACCCUAGUUGCCCGUUUGAGCUAGCUAUACCCGCGCAUCGACUGCAAGUGGGUUGCGGAAAUGGCCGCAAUGAUGCCCAGCGCCUCCAUGGCCAACGACUACGACAACGAUGCGCUGGAGCGGGACCUGAUUGACCCGGACGAUGCGACGCUGGACGACCUUGACGACCCCAUACAAGGCACCUCCGACCGCGCACCGCUCACGGGAAACAUUGGAUCAAGAUCUGGAGCAAGCACACAGUCCUACUUGACGUCUGCGGUGGGCGGCGAGGACCGUCGCGCGCCAACGAACACGAUAGACGAGACAGUAUGGGAGACGCUGUCGCGAGACCUGCUGGCGAUAUGGGAGAAGCUAAAGCAAGUGCUGUGGCCCAAGUACCUGCUGGGAGGCAUCAUGCAACGCGGAGGAGGCAUAGGGGCUGCUGAACGCGGAGAGGCUGAUGGUGUUGGCGGUGGCCUCGGAGGGCUUGCUGGCAGAUGGCCGGACGCGGAUGUCAUUCUGCAGGGCGGCAUGAGUGAAGGUCUGCGAGACUGGGAUCUAUGGGGUCCGCUCAUCUUCUGCUUGCUGCUGAGCUUGUUCCUCUCCCGAGGCGCAAAGGAUGACCAGAAAGACUUCGUAUUCUCUGGCAUAUUCGCAAUGGUUUGGCUGGGAGAAGCCGUGGUGACCAUGCAGAUCAAGCUGCUGGGCGGCAACAUUGCCUUCUUCCAGUCUGUCUCCAUCAUCGGCUACACCCUCUUUCCCCUCGUAAUUGCAUCGGCACUCAGUGCGACCGGCAUUGUGCCCAUGCUGGUCCGCAUUCCAGUCUAUCUCGUGCUCAUCGCGUGGUCUUUGGCAGCGGGGAUCAGUAUCAUGGGUGGCUCAGGCGUUGUGCGAAAUCGCGUCGGCAUUGCUGUGUAUCCUCUGUUUGUGUUCUACAUCGCGCUGGGCUGCAUCUGUUUCAUUAGCUAGCGCUUGUGCUUGUGGUCUUGUAUUAUAGCUAUGGGUUAGCGGUGGGAUUGGGCAAUGUGGGUUGGCUCAAGAGUGUAAAGUCAUACGCAUAGCCAGCGCCAAGUUGACAAUGGUAAAGAUAGGC